AUGGCGGAUAAGUCGGCAUACAUGGGCGCUGGUGGUUAUGGAUCGGGCUACAUGGGCUCAAAUGCAUCCUCUUCUGGAUACGCUCGUGAAGACUAUGCACAGGGACAGGGUGGUCAAUCCAACAACAAUAACAACAAUCAAGGAGGUUCCGGUGGAAAUACCAAUCCAGGAGGACAAGUGUUCAAGGCACGCACUGACCAGUCGUGCUACUUGGGAUCCUAA